GCAAGAACAAAAAAAAAAAAAACUGUCUAUGUACCAACAAGAGACUAGUUGUCAGAUAGAGAUAUACGCGAGACGAGAAGCUCCAUUUCAAAACCCUAGAGCUCUUCAUCUCUCUCUAGGCACACCUUUUUCGUGUUUUGGUUUCACCGGCGUUUAUCUCCGGUGACGGGAGAUUCCGAAUUUUUGGAGAGAUUAGAUCAUGUAUAGGGAGAGGGGUACGGUUGGAUCGAAGUCGGAGGUGGUCGAUCGGAAACGUAUAAACGAGAUUCACGACAACCGUCCCUCGCAUUCGAUGUCUCAGCCCAUCAAUGGAAAAGGCAAGGUUACAGCGACCUCCGUCUUGAUGGGGAAGCAGCAAUUGCAUGAGAGGGAUUUACGUUCUGCUCAUGCUGUUGAUAUAUCAGACACAGACAGCGAAGAAUCAGAGGUCAGUGGUUCUGAUGGAGAAGACACCUCAUGGAUAUCCUGGUUCUGCAACCUACGCGGGAAUGAGUUCUUCUGUGAAGUUGAUGAUGAUUACAUCCAGGAUGACUUUAACUUGUGUGGACUCAGCCAUCAAGUUCCUUACUACGACUAUGCCCUUGAUUUGAUUUUGGAUGUAGAGUCUUCGCAUGGUGAGAUGUUUACAGAGGAACAGAAUGAAUUGAUCGAGUCAGCAGCGGAGAUGCUUUAUGGGAUGAUUCAUGCUCGUUACAUAUUGACAAGCAAAGGGCUGGCUUCUAUGUUAGACAAAUACAAAGACUACGACUUUGGAAGAUGCCCAAGAGUUUAUUGUUGUGGCCAACCUUGUUUGCCAGUUGGUCAAUCCGAUAUCCCUCGAGCAAGCACCGUAAAGAUAUAUUGCCCCAAAUGUGAAGACGUCUAUUACCCACGAUCAAAAUACCAAGGAAACAUAGAUGGAGCAUACUUUGGGACAACGUUUCCACAUCUGUUCCUGAUGACGUACGGACAUCUGAAGCCACAAAAGGCAUCUCAAAGCUACACUCCAAGAGUGUUUGGGUUCAAGUUACACAAGCCGUGAAGGAAAUAAAGAAGAUACACCCUUGGGUGUUAAGAAACAAGAAAUGUGUGUAAACAAAAGAAAAAAAAAAGCGUGAUUUGUAUCACAGAAGGUGAAACCAGUUCUCUCUGCCUCUCCCUCUCCCUCUCUUUCUCUCUGUUUUGUAUUGUGUCCUCUCUUUAGGUUUAGAUAAACAUUAGCAGCAUGGACUGGUGAAGUAUGAUCCCAUAUUUAUAAAUUGUAAUACUUACCUUACUGUUUCUUUUUGUUUUCUUC